AUGGAACUUCUUGUCUACGUGCUGUUACUUAGUCAAGCAGUUCUAGGAAAUACUAAUUUAGACAGCUGUGACGAAGAGUGUACUUGCAUAUCAGGGAUUUUGAAGACCGAAAAAUCUUCUACAAGUGUGGACUAUAGCACGGCAAAAGUUAAUUUAGGAAAUUUCAUACCUCCUCUUAGACUUGUUGACCCUAAAACUAUAAGUUACAAUAAAGGAAAAAAACUCGGAUAUUACACAUUGCUAUCCAUCGACUUUGAUGGCGAAUCAAAUGGAAAAGUUAUCACCCUUUUGAUGAAUAUAAGGGAUGUGGAGACCAUUGUACCAACAUCUGGAGAUGUAAUAGUAUUGUGUACUCCGCCCUUACCUGCUUUAGGAAGUGGAGUCCAUCGAUAUGGGAAAUUAUUGUACGAGCAAAAAGGACCAAUUGAUGCAAACCAACUUGAUCUCUUUAAAUUAUCAAGAUAUCCAGUAAUACCUAACCUUACAAAGUUCACGAAGACCUAUCACCUUGGAAACCCCGUCGCUGGUAACUUGUAUACAACGGAGUUGAGACGCUGUGACAGUUCUGAUAAAUGUUCGGACAAGGACGACAGUGUAAAAAAAUGUGAAAAAUUAUGUAAAAUUCUGUCAAACUGCGAUAAUGAUCAAAUAGAUCAAAUGCAAUGUGAUGCAGUUGAUAAAUAA